CCCUUCCUCUCUCCCUACGGCUCGAGCUGACGUCGUGUCCAGCAUCCUCCAAGCCCCACUACCUGCCCAUCCGCCUUUCUCCCUUGCGCUUCACCUAAGGUUGGGCAGAAGGCCCCCUUCCUCACCUUCCCUUUCUCUGGCUCCAUGGCAGAGAAGUUUGAGGAAUGGAGCACCCAGCUCUCCUAUCUUGUUCUAGGAGUAGUCUCUCUGCAUUCUGCUGUGCAUACUGCCAGGGUGAACCGAGGGGCUGCAGCAGGCUUCCUACUUCAAGCCCUAGCUGCAGCUGCUGCAUUGGCCUCAGGUCCCCAGCCAGAUAUCAAUAACCAGAUGGGAACCUGGGUGGCCACAGUCAUUGGCCUCCCUCUCUUGGCCUUUGAUUUCCAUUGGGUGAAUGGAGACCGAUCUACAGCCAAUCUGCUUCUAGGGGGUGGUAUGGUCCUGGCAGUGACUGGCGACUAUCUGGGUACAGAGACCAAGGCUGUGGCUGGUCAAGCCGUGGCCCUGGUAGCUGCAGUCACUAUCCUCAUUGUGUCUGUCUUCACUGUCAACACUUAUGGAAUGGGUGGUGGUGUGGCACUAGGUGCAGCCGGCCUCAUGAGUCGCCUGGAAGAGGAGACUUUACUGUUAUUCUUCCAAAAAGAAGAUGCAUGCAGAUGGGCCCUGGCUGUGGGGAGCUGGGCUUAUCGUUGGGCUCUGCACACUCAGCACUUGGAGUUGGACUGACCACUGCCUGGAGCAGAUGCAAGCAAGAUCCCUUCAGGAGCAGAUGAUUCUUAUGGGUACCAACUUGAUUCUCAGGAUGCCAGGGAGGCUACAUGGGCAGGUGUUGGAACCUGUGGGACUUGUGCUGGAGGAAAAGGCAAGGCAGGUGUGUGUGAUGGGCAUUCUUAUUUUAGUUAAUUCUUUCUUGUACUAUGCUCUCAUUCACCAGUGUGACCAGAAACUUUUGGCCCAUCAGGAAAGUGAGAUUUCUCCCAUUAUCAUCACCUUCUGGCUGCCUCCUUCUGUACUUUCUUGCUCCAUCUUUUAUAGGCCAGUACUUUCUUUUAGAGUUAGUGCCUAGUUUUCCUCUUUGCCAAAUAAAUACAAUCCCUAUGAUCGCUGAAAUAUGGUAAGGGGAUUAGCACACCUUGGACAGUGAGCCUGUGGAGAUGGAGAAGGUGUCCUGCCCAGAGUGGAUUUUCUAGAACUAUCUCCCUCACAGUUCCUUCCUACAGCCCAAAGACCUUAGUACUUCCCUAUACCCAGGGAUUGGUGCUUCAUUUAGUUGGAGGAUAGUGUGGGGAGGGAAUGUUGCAACCCUUGGGAUCUACCUUUCAAUUUUCCUCUUUACCAAGGAUGGAACAUCGAGGGACAUGUGAGUUUUAUCCAAAGGGCUGUUUUUGGCUGGACUUGUAUAUGGGGCAAGAGAGGAAUCUUCCUUUUGCCUUUCAGUGACAUUUUAAUAAAUAUUGUGGAUUAGGGAAAUAUGAAUCUAGCUGUUCCUGAAGGUGACUUGGCCCUUUCUGUCUGAUUUACUCAUUCCUAAUAUGGCCAAGGCUAACUCCAAACCUGAGCAGAACAAACGGGCAGAAUAGUCUCUAGUCUCAAAACUGCAAAGUGAAAUGGCCCUAUCAUGGGAGAAAAGGAGGAACAUUGGAUUUAGGGUGUCUAGUCUCCUUCAAUGAAGAAAUCUUUCCUUAGGUUGCCUGAUUUUCUAGCAGUCAUUAUUUAACCCCUUGGAGUUAAACAAAUAGUGUUCUAGAUUCUUGGUAUUGGCAUCUAUUUGUUUCUCUUUCUUCCAACUCCAACUGAAGGGCAGGAUUCACAUAUUCAUUUUUUCAAUAGAUCUACUAAGUACUUACACUGUGAAAGAGACAUCUGUAGAAGAAAGCUGGGGGAAGCACAAGGAGAAAGAAAUACAGGUUAGAGACACUUAUUGGUUCUGCCUCCCUGGUCCAUUUCUUCCCCCAGCUUAUAGUCUAGAAAUGGCUAUAAAGACAAGCUAGCUUGUAAUUAAAGUCUAACCAUGUCAUUCCUCUGAUUAAAAAUGUUCAGUGCAUAAAGAUUGCCUAUAGGAUAAAAUGCAAA